CGCGUGCCGCGGCGGCGGUCGCCUGCAAAGCGGGGUCCGCGGCGGCGGUCGCCUGCAGAGCGGGGUCCGCGGCGGAGGGUCCCCGGGGUCCGCGGCGGCGGUCGCCUGCGCCACCGUCAGGCUACGCCUUCACAGCCUUGUCUUGCGAACAGAGCAAACGCCCUCGGGCUCGGGGUUCCGAAGGCUUGCAGCAGUGUCCUGCGGGGUAACCAGGCCAUAAUUUAGCCGCACGGGCGUUCAUUGCGUUCACGUUGAAUUUCUGAGUGAAGGACCUCACGCUAGGAGGGGAGAAAAGGACAGUAAAAUCUGCAUGGAGCACGCUCUGUUUGAUUAUUUCGUGUUUUGCUGAAAUCAGGGUGUAAAUGGUUACCGCUGACUUUUGAAGACGUGGCCAUUUACUUCUCUGAGCAAGAAUGGCAGCAUUUAGAGGCCUGGCAGAAGGAACUUUACAAGCAUGUCAUGAGAACCAAUUAUGAGACUCUAGUCUCUCUAGAUAAUGGACUUCCCAAACCAGAACUAAUAUCCUGGAUUGAACUUGGGAGAGAGCUGUUCGGCCGCCCGGGAGGAAAGCAGAAACUGGAGAAAGGGGGUUGCUCCUCUGUGGAUGAUGUACACGCUCAUCGAGUUACUGAGGAACCGUCACUUGAGAGUAGCCAGCAAGCUGUGAAGUCAAGAGAAAUUACAUGCCAUUUCCAGUUAAAUGCUUUUGGACUUGUUUUAGGAGAAAGGGAAGAUGUUUCCCUCAGGCAUGACCAAGGCAUCAGUCCUGAAAAUGCACAAACACAUGCCCAAGGGGCUCUCAAUUCAGUCAUGCACAGCUCCAGUGCAGCUGCCCUAAGAGAAGGACUCUCAAGUCACAGAGUGCCGGAUUUCCCCGCCUUGCAGAAGGUUCCCCCUUGGCAGAGUGCCCAGCACUCUUGUCCCGUCUGUGGGGAAAGGUCUUGGGAGAAGAGUUACUUAGUGAAGCACCAAAAGGACCACUCCAAGAGCCCAUCAUGUAGGGUCUGGAAGAGGUUCAGCAGACAGUCUGAUGCACAACAGCAGUGGGACCUCUUGUGUCUUGAAAGUGGGAAGAGCUUCUGCCUGAAACAGUAUUUGGUGAGACAUCUAGAUGUCUAUACAAGGAAGAAACCACCCCAGUGCCCUAAAUGCAAAAGGUGCUUCCAUUAUGAGCAAACCCCUUUAAGCCACUGCCUCCAGCACAAUUCUUCCCAGCACCCCAAAUGUGACAGGAGCUUCCCAAUGGAAAAUAAUGUUCACCAGUGCCAGCAGAGCCAAGAGAGGCCAGCCUCCUGGAGAGACGACACCAUUGUGCUCUCAGGACAGAAGCCAGGCCCCAGUCUGGACUGUGAGGGCUGCUGCCACAAGGGUAGCAAGCAGAAGGCUUGCAUCCUAGGUGAGGACAGACCCUGCUCAUGCACAGAAGGUGGCAACUGCUUCUUCUCACGGUCUAAGCAGGCCAGCUUCUGCAGGGCACACCCAGGAGAAAAAGCCUUUCGCUGUCCAGAAAGCAACAAGCUCCUCUGCCUGAGAGGCCUGAAGAAUGUCUGCCGACACGUGCAUAGUGGGGACAGACUACUGUCCUGUAGAAAGUGUGGUCAGGGUUUCACCAAACAUUGCAAACUCCCAGAACACACCCGAAUCCUCAGCAGGGAGAAAUCUUUCCGGUGUGCCCAGUGUAGAAGGAACUUCAGCCAAAAGGGAGAGCUGCUGAGGCACCAGCGGCUGCACUCGGAGGAAAAGCCUUUUAAGUGCCCAGUGUGUGAGUCGGGCUUCCAGCUGAAGAGCCGAUUGAGAGCCCACCAACUGCGACAUGGUGGACAAAGGCCAUUCUCCUGCAGAGAGUGUGGCCGAGCCUUUACCCAUCAGUGCAAGCUCCGCGAGCACCUGAGAGUGCACAGUGGCGAAAGGCCCUUUCAGUGUCCUGAGUGCCACAAGAGUUUCCGCCUGAAGGGAGUCCUGAAGGCCCACCAGCGCACCCACAGCAAGGAGAGGCCGUUCUCCUGCGGGGAGUGCGGCAAGGGCUUUACCAGACAGUCUAAGCUCACAGAGCACUUCCGGGUCCACAGUGGAGAGAGGCCCUUCCGGUGUCCUGAGUGUGACAGGAGCUUUCGCCUAAAGGGGCAGCUGCUCAGCCAUCAGCGCUUACACACUGGAGAGAGACCCUUCCAAUGCCCGGAGUGUGGGAAGAGCUAUCGCGUGAAGGCUGACCUGAAGGCUCACCAGCUGCUGCACAGCGGGCAGAUGCCCUUCUCCUGCCAGUGUGGGAAGGGCUUUGCCAAACACUCUAAACUCGUGGAACACAUGAGGACACACACGGGAGAGAAGCCUUUUCAGUGUCCCAAGUGUGACAAGAGUUUCCGAUUGAAGGCCCAGCUGCUCAGCCACCAGGGCCUGCACACAGGCGAGAGACCUUUCCACUGCCCUGAAUGUGAUAAAAACUUCCGGGAAAGGGGUCACAUGCUCAGACACCAGCGUAUCCACAGGCCUGACAGGCCCUUUGCCUGUGGCGACUGUGGGAAGGGCUUCAUUUAUAAGUCCAAACUAGCUGAACACAUCAGGGUGCACACAAAAUCCUGUCAGGUCCCCCGUGAACCUGACGUUAAGAAGAGGCUUAGCCAGCUGUUUGCGAUGAUAGAGGCUGACUGGAGCUGAGCUGGGUGGGACGUACACUCCAUGAGCCUGUACAGUGCAGUUGUUAGGGCAGCCUGAAGAAUGGUGGCCACACCCACUGGAAAGUGAGGUUUGGACAGAGGGGCUCUACUUUGAUAAAAAAAAAAAUACAAAUUUAAAAUGAGAAACUGAAGAAUUAUUAUUAUUAUUUGGAACACCACCAGUUAUGGUUCCUUUACCUCGGUAAAAAGAGGUAUUUGUUCUUCCUACCACGUUAGGAGCAUUUCAUCCAAAUGCAGUUAGUUCAAGAGUCCCAUCUUAAACCAGGAGGAAAUCCCUCUAGUGCCACUGUCAGAGCUAAAAAGGGGCAGUCUAUUUAAUAUCAAUUCUACGCUUUUGUUCUUUGCAGAGUAUGAUUAUAAAUGGUUAAACACAGUGAAUUUUAUGUCUGUCGUGAUAAUGCUUUGUGGUUUGCUUUUGAUUCAUGUAUUUUGAAACCAACAAGAUGAAUUCUCUGAAUUUCAUGCGAAUGUUGUAAGUUUCUCUUUGGGGUUCUUGAUGAUUAAUGUGCAGUAUACCCUAAGAAAAUGCUGAUAAUCUCAGUUGAAGAAACAAAACAAAAAAAAAAAUGUUGAGAGUUUGAGUUGGGAAUUGAGUCAGUGGCUAGAGAUUUGGGAGUUCCAGAGUGGAGAUGCUAUUUGGAGCCUAAGUGAGCUUCUCAAGAAUGAAUAUUUAACCAACUGACAAAUGAAUA